UUUAGCUAUUCCAUCAGACCAUUAAGAGACCUGAACUUUUAAGAUAGCAUCUGACAUCUCAAAAGGGAAAAGAAAAGCUAUGAGUUCUGCAAUUUCAAAAACUACUCAGAGUCUUACUACUGCUGAGGACAUGAGGAACCAAACCAAACUUUUGAUGCAGCCCUAUGCCAACUGGGAAGAGUAUCUGACUCCAGCGCCUCUAUCUAUAGCCAUCCUGGGAGAGCUAGUUUUCAUCUCGUCCACAGCAGAUUUCUCUAUCAAUAAAAAUCCCCCUAAAGAUGGCUAUCAAUUCAUCAAAUACCCUGAUUCCUUUCGCGCUUGCCUCAUGCAAGUGUGUAACUCUGGCUGGUGGGCAUUUAAUGAGGCCCAUACGAGCAUGGAUCAGAUUCGCCUACAUACUUCACAAGUUCCAGAUUACAUGAAGACAGCUGUGAAGAUUCUGUUCCAAGUCGAUGAUGAAGUUGUCAAAGCUCUUCUUCCUGAUCAGCUGGACAAUAUCAGAGUCAUUGCAGAUGAAUGUCUGAGGUUGUCUGAUGCAACUAGAAAUCGUUUUGAUGAGGUCAUCAAAAUUAUCCAAGAGCUGCUGGAAGCGUGUGUGAAUGCAGAUCAGUUCUAUGGGGAAGAGUUGGAAGCAGUCAAGAUGAAAUUAGCAGAGGGCAAACUGAGGGAGCAGUCAGCUCAAGAGAUCAAGAAAAGGACUGAGAAGGCAAUGAGUGCCGUGGAGAAGGAACUGGAACAGGCUCAGGAGAGCUACAAGACAGCACUGGAUUCUCUUCCUAAUGGAUGGGAAAUGAUUGGCAUGGAUUUUGUGGGUGGGAUAACAGGAGCUAUUACAGGUGUGAUUAAUGGAGUGGUAUCUCUUAUUACUGAACCAAUUAAAUUGUUGUCUUCUGCAGUGUCAGGAUCAGGAUCAGGGUCAGAUCAGGAAGGUAAAAGAGACAUGGUAGCUGAAAUAAAUGUAUAUAGUAAAUCUGCUGAAAUUUUAAAGUGUGUCCAGACUAUUCAGGAACUAAUGAAUGUGAAAAAUGAGGAUGAUGACAUAGCCUGGACAAAACUGUAUGAUCAGAAGACCGCAACUACAACCACAGAUUUCAUAGUAAAACAGACAAAAAGAAUCAGUGAGAGUUUACAGAAAAUCCCUGACUGUCCAGCAAAGGAAAAAGCUGAGGAGUUAUGCAAAAAGGCCAUGGAAAUAUGCAACCAGCUUGCAAAAUAUGCACCAGAUGGCAAAUGUGACAAAGACAAAAGCACUAAAAUAAUAAAUGAGGUCUUGGAUCUGAUUAAGUCAGCCCACAUUUUUGAUAGCAAAGGUAAAGCUAUUACAAAUUCUCCAGCCAUUUCUCCAAAUCCACCAAUGAUGCAAAAACAAGAAAACAAUUCAGAGAACAUGAGUCCUUCUCAGAGGGCCACAGCGAAUGCAAGAUUUGCCAUAGAGCAGACCCGAGCUCAGAUGAACAAGACAAGAGAGACUUAUGAAAAGUGUGUGGAAAACCUAGAGAAGAACCAGAAGGAGCUAACUGAAAUCCUCAUCUCUAUGAGAAAUUGUCAACUGAAAGAGAUCGACUUCAAAACUACCAAAGAGAUGCUAGUCAAAGGAAUGGAUGCCAUGGGACGAGUGAAGGAACAAUGGGAGAAGAUGGUUCGCUUCUUUCAGAUGGUUUCCAACAUUGUGAAAACCAGCCUGAGCAAAACUCUCACAAACUUUGUCUCCAUGUCAGAGAAAACACAAGCCCUCAAAUACAAUCAAAAGCUCUUCUCAAAAGAUCUGCUCUACAUUCAAGCCUUCCAAGCCUGUAACAUAGCUAGUCUGGUCCAUAUGAUCUCUGCGACAUACACAGAUGUUUCCAACAAGUACCUAAUGGACCGUGUCAGUUCACUGGGCAAACUGAUGGCAAUGGAUAAAAGUAAGCCAGAAUUUGAGCAUGAGCGAAUACUGCUUCAGAAUGGCUGUGAUGAGGCACAGAAAGACAUCUUAAGCCUUGUCUUGAAGAAUAAAUUGGAGUAUGACAGAAAGAGCACUGCAAGAAUAGAAAGGAUUAAUAAAGAGUUGCUUGCAAUUCUACCUGCUGCUUCUCCAGAAGAAAUCAAGGUAGUUGAAGAGGCUACUCAAGCUGGAUUCAGUAAAGAAGAAGAAUCAUAUUACUGAGAGAAUUUAGCAAAUAUGUUGGUGUUGUUUUUAUGGUUGUUACAGAUAAUACUGCUAUAAUUGAGAGUCAGUAUAGAUUCAUUAUCAGUGUACAACUUAUUUAAUUAAUAAAGCAGACUCAUUAAAACAAACAACAACCUAACAAGAAACAUCACCUUACUGUCUGUAUAAAAGCAAUGUUUGCAGUAGCAUCUACAUUAACAUAAGACAGUUGAACACCCUGCCUUUUCAAAACAUGUAGAACACUUUAAAUGCAGGAUUUUAAAAAUCAUUUUCACACCUGACUUGUUUGGGGUGUUUGUUUCAGAACCUGGCAUGUUUUUUUUAUAGUUCAGUUUGUUGAGUCAUACAUGAAUAUGGCAAACACACUGGGAUCUGCAACAAGAUCCACACGAGUUUGCUAACAAGGUGAUCUUGGUCUGAUUAAAACUGAAAGAUUCAAUGCUCUAGCGAACCAAGAAUUAUAUGGGAAAUGCAUUAUGUAAAAAAAUAAAUAAAUAAAUAAAUAAAUAAAUACAUUAAUUAAAAAAAACACUGUUUCUGUUGGUUACUGUACAGUAUACUAUGUUCUAGAACAUUAAUAUUUAUAUAUUUAAUUGUCUGUAUUUUUAUUGAAGAUAUGUCAAAAUAGCAACACCAUGAAUUCAAAUGUAAGGAUUUCACAAUUAGCCUAUAGGUUUUAAUGAAAAGCGAUUAUAUCUGAAAUGUAUAUCAAAUUCAUGGAAUUACUGAAUAAUAACAUCAUGAAUUACAAUACGUAAAAAAUAAUAAUAACACUAAUAACAACAUGCUGCUUUGGAUCUUUUGUGCCUAUUCUAGCAAGAUCAUCCUAUCCCAAAAAUCUAAUUUUACAUUUUCACUUCAAACUCCAGGCAUCAAUGGAUUAUUCUCUCACUAAAGAAUGUGCAUGUAGGGACUAAUAAAUGUUUGGGUUAUUGUUACAAUCUUUCACAAUUCAUUUGAAAGUUUAAUCUCUUAUUCAUUUAGACAAACUGCACAUACAGUUGUCUACACUUCAUUCUCAAUGCAUACUUUUCAUAACGUUUUUAAUACAUUGCUGAAAUAUGUGUCUAAAAAGUGAUGGACAUUAGCAUUUGGCAAUACAAAACCGUUACUGUCAACAAAAAUUCGCACAAUUUUACACACUGAAUUUGUCUGCAACAAAUAAUUUCAGGAUGCCAUGAAAAAAAAUAUAUUUUAUCUCAGUCUUGUCUUUAUAAUUAUCUUAACAUCUUAAUGGCUCUGAUAUUAAUGCCAACAUGGUUGUAAAAAAAAAAAAAAAAAAAAUCCAUGGUUUUAAUUAUUGUUUUGAAUCACUUUUAAGUUACUGUUACUGUUACACAUUCGUGAUUUAAAUUUUAAAACAUCUAUUCAUACCAUCCUUUGUGUUUGUGUGCACCAGUAAAAAAAGAACCAUUUCCACAAACACGAGUAGAUUAUUUUUUCCAAUCUGCACAUAUUAUAUAUUUAUAUUUCAAUGCAUAUUGAAUGCAAGUAUUGAGCUAAACUGUACCAUUAAACCUUUUAAAAAUGUUUGACCGAUGUAAAAUCUAUUUACAUCUAUUUAAUUGGAUAUAUUGAAUAAUAACCUCAUGAAAAACAGUAAGCAUUAAAAAAACACAAUUUUUAUCACCACAAAUCAAAAAAUGUUAAUGUAUUAGCAGUUAUAACAAAUAAACAAUAAAUAUAUAAAUACAAUGAGAUUCAACAUACAGAUUGAUAGGUAACUAUUUUCCAAAGAUAUAUAAUUAGAUCAUCUUACCUACAUGUCUUACCUAAAGUACAGUUCAAGAGGCCCUGCGGUCAAUGUGUAGCAUUAGAGCUGCAGGACUAUGACAGCCCAUUACAGAACAGAGACCAUGACAACAAGCGGUAAAGUCGCUGCAAGUGUCAAAGCACCUUAACAGAUUUUGUGACUUGAUGAAACGGCUCUGACUUUUGGAUAGGGUAAGGUGACUGCAUUUAGGAUCAUUUGAUAAAACAUGCUGUAGAUAGUAAUCAUACAAAUUUUGCUUUAAUCCUUUGAAAAAUCAUCUAUUUAUUAUGUUAACAAUACGUAUCCCCAAAUUAAAGCAGGCUAAAUUAUAGAACUCUGUUUCUAACAAUCUCUAAAUAAAGUGUUGGAAGAUUUAUUCUCUCACUAAAGAAUGUGCAUGGCUAAUAAAUUUGGGGUUAUUGUUACUAUCUUUUACAACCACUUUCAAUGUGAAUUUCUUAUUCAUUUAAACAAAUUGCAUGUACAGUUGUCUACAGUUUAUUCUCAGUGAAAAUGUUAUUCUUUUCACAACUUUUGUAACGCAUUACUACAAAAUAAAUGUGUGUGCAUACA